AUGUCCGCUAAAGAUGACGAGCUGAAGCCCUUGGCUCAGCGUGUAUCUGUAUUGGGUGGCUUUAUCGCCGGUGGUAUUGCUGCUUGUGGUGCGGUGACGUUCACAAACCCAAUUGAACUUAUCAAGAUCAGAAUGCAGUUGGAGGGUGAACUUUCGGCGUCGGCGGGACCCAAGAUAUACAAAAAUCCAUUCCAGGCCGGUGCUCUCAUUCUCCGUACCGAGGGUAUUAGCGGCUUGCAGCAAGGGUUGUUGUGUGGGUACAUUUACCAAAUCGGGUUGAACGGUUGUAGAAUCGGACUUUAUGAGCCGAGCAGAUACCAUUUGACCAAAUGGCUUGCGCCCUCGCAGUUUAACGAAGAUGCCUCCAAGAUCCCACAAAACCUUAUGGUCAAUGUUCUCUCUGGUAUUGUUUCUGGAUCUGCCGGUGCUAUCAUUGCCAAUCCGUUGUUUCUCAUCAAGACAAGAAUGCAGUCAUUUAACAAGGCCAAGGCCAACACUGCUUCUUCUGUCGGUCAACAAACAUACUACAAAGGUGUGUUCGAUGGACUCCGCUCCAUCUACUCCACCAAGGGUAUCAAGGGAUUGUUCCAGGGUACCGACGCUGCCAUUUUGAGAACAGGUGCCGGUUCUGCUGCCCAGUUGCCCGUUUACAAUUUGACCAAAAACUAUUUAUUGGACCAUAAUCUCAUGAAGGACGGCACCAUCGGGUUGCACUUUGUUUCCUCCUCGAUGGCUGGUUUGGGUGUAGCCAUUGUUAUGAACCCCUGGGAUGUGGUCUUGACCAGAUUGUACAAUCAAAAGGGAGAUUUGUACAAGGGUCCUGUCGACUGUUUUGCCAAGACGAUCCGUGCUGAGGGUCCAAUGGCACUCUAUAAGGGUUUCUGGGCCCAAUUGUUCAGAAUUGGUCCCCACUCUAUCUUGACCUUGAUGUUCAUGGAGCAGUCCAUGAAGCUCGUGUAUCUGGUCGAGAAAAAAGUGAGAUUUUAA